GUGUAUGAUGUGAAUGCAUUGUGAGUGAAUGGGAAAGUAGAACAUUUCAGGGACUGUAUUCACCCCUUGAUAGGACCAGUAACUCUGCCUACACAAUUUAGUAGGAUUAAAUUUAUGUGCAGUGACUUGAUUGAUAUAUCAGGUCUAAAGAGGAAUUCCAAAGUUACUCAUGUACACUACAAUAAUGGAGUCGUCUGAAACCACAAAUGUUAAGAAGUGUUAUUGAAGGAGGAUGUUAAUGGAUUACUGGAUUGUCAAGAUAGCAGAAACUCAAUAGAAAAUAUACGAAUACAGCUGAAAUACCCAGAUCAAGAACAACCAGGAUGGUCUUGAGAAGCGAAGCAUUUUCCAAUUCCACGUGGAGGUAUAAAGAAACACAUCAGGACACAUACUGGUGAUAAACCUCAUAGAUAUAAUGUUUGUCUGAAGGUGUGCAGUCAGACUGAACAUUUACAGAGUCGCAUGGGUGUUUACAUAUUCGUCUUUACCUUAUAAAUGUUAUCUCUGUCCGAAUACGUAUACUAUAGAACCGCGUGAAAAUGGAUGCAGGAGAAAAACCUUAUAAAUGUGACGAAAGUGGGAAGGAAGCUGGUAUUACAGAGAAACUAAAGAAGCACACGGUAACAAACAAAGGUGAUGGACCACCUUAUAAAUGUGAUUUCUGUGGAAAGGUUUUUAGUAUAUCGAGAGAUUUACAGAGACACUUGAGGACACAUACAGGUGAUAAACCUUUUCAAUGUGACGUCUGUGGGAAAAAAUUUAGUGGUAGAUGGUAUUUACAGACUCAUAUGGUAACACACACAGGUGAGAGAUCUUACAAAUGUGAGGUCUGUGGAAAGGCAUAUGGUCUAGCAGGGAAUUUAAAGAAACACAUGAAGACACAUACAGGUGAAAAACCGUUUCAGUGUGAUGUGUGUGGGGAAACCUUCCGAAUGAGAUGGUUUUUAAAAAGACAUAGUAGGACACAUACAGGCGAGAAACCUUAUCAUUGUACUGUUUGUGGGAACACUUACAGUCAUUCAGGCUCUUUACAGGUACACAUGAGGACACAUACAGGUGAUAGACCUUAUAAAUGUGAUGUCUGUGGGAAAACAUUUCAUGCUCCAAAAUCCUUAAGGGUACACGUGAGAACACACACACGUCGUUUGCAUUACAAAUGUGAUGCGUGGGGAAAGGCUUAUUGUCAAUCGGGGAAUUUAGAGACACACAUAAAGACACAUAUAAGUCAAGCACUUUCUAAAUGCGAAAUAUGUGGGAGCGAUUUUAGUCAGCCUGCAGAUUUAGAGACGCACUUGAGAACACACAUGGGUGAUAUACCUUACAAAUGUGAUUUAUGUGGGAAUGCUUUUAGUCAGCCAGCAGAUUUAGAGACGCACUUGAGAACACACAUGGGUGAUAUACCUUUCAAAUGUGAUUUAUGUGGGAAAGUUUUUAGUCAACCAGCAGAUUUAGAGACGCACUUGAGAACACACAUGGGUGAUAUACCUUUCAAAUGUGAUUUAUGUGGGAAAGUGUUUAGUCAACCAGCAGAUUUAGAGACGCACUUGAGAACACACAUGGGUGAUAUACCUUUCAAAUGUGAUUUAUGUGGGAAAGUUUUCAGUCAGCCAGCAGAUUUAGAGACGCACUUGAGAACACACAUAGGUGAUAAACCUUACAAAUGUCAUAUAUGUGGGAAUGCUUUUAGUCAGUCAGCUGAUUUAGUGAGACAUAUGAGAACACACACAGGUGAUAUACCUUACAAAUGUGAUUUAUGUGGGAAAAUUUUUUGUCAGUCAGCAGAUUUACAGAGACACAUGAGGAUACAUACAGGGGAUAGGCCCUUUAAAUGUGAUAUCUGUGGGAAGGCAUUUUCUCAGUCAGGGAACUUGGGAAAACACCUAAGGAUACACACAGGUGAUAGGCCAUAUCAUUGCGAAGUCUGUGGGAAAUCAUUUCCCGAAUCAGGGAACUUGGGAAGACACAUGAUGACACAUACAGGCGAGAGACCUUAUAAAUGCGGCAUGUGUGAGAAAGCCUUUACUAAUUCGUGGAACUUAAAGAAACACAUGAAAACACAACAUAAGUGACAUACCUUAUCAUUUGGUUUGCAUGGCUACAUGGUUUUUAGUGAGAACUAGAAUUCAUAGAUACAUAUACAUGUAGUACAUGCUAGCAGAAAAAAGUUGAUGGACCAUAUACAUGUUAUGUAUGAGGGAAGGCACCAAGUGUUAGAUUGGAUUGUGUGUAUUACUGGUGCACCUCCAGAUACAAAUAUAGUAAUCCUUAUAUAGCAAUAUUACACUGUAUAUAUAUGUUAUUUUCUGAUUAACAAACUCUGCAUUUUACUCGUAUGCAAAAUUCAAAGAAUUCACAUACAAUGUCAUUUAUAUUUGACCAUUUACUAAUCUUCUUGAAUCAAUUUUUGUUUAUUUGAUGUAACUUUGUCAACUUGUAAUGUUAAUGUUUUUAUAAAGAUAUCCAAUAUUCCUUAUAUGAAUAAAUUUGUUUUAACCCAA